AUGGCUUCCAAAAGGAGACUCAGAUCUCAGAAGGAAAAGAUUGCCGAUGGAAACCAAAACAUAUGUCAGCCAGAAACAUACGUCCGACGGCUCUCAAAACGAAUGAAAAAAUCACAAACUGAAAGUGACCCAGAAAAGAAUAUCCUAACAGAAACUGGUCUUGACCAGAUGGAAAACACACUUUCAAGUUCAGAUAAGAAUAUUGAUGAUGAGGAUACAUGCACAUUAAAGAGACAGUUAAAUGAAAAAGGGAAACAUCCAUGGUUUGAUUUCAAACCUAGACAACAUCCUCUGCAGAUUCCAGUGUUUACACCAGUCGCAAGCAGGAGCCAGAACAUUGUCCAUUGUCUUCAACAAUACACCUGGGGAAAUAGGUGCAACUCAGCAUUGGCUCAUAGCUUAUCAAGGCCAGUGGUUAGUCAAAUUUCGGACAUGCAGCUGUGUCGGACAGCCAGCCCUUUUGACAGACGUGUAACUGCCAUAGAUUGGCACCCUAGUAAACCACAUGUUGCAGCCGUGGGAUCGAAAGGGGGAGACAUAAUGCUUUGGGACACUCAACAAAUAAAUAAUGAGAAAUUUGUUCAAGGGAUUGGACCAGGAGGAAUAAUCAACGCAUUAAAAUUCUGGCCUUAUGACUAUGAUAAAGUGGUAACAGCUGCUGUAGAUGGGCGUGUCACGGUGCAUGACUUUGAAGGUCGCCAGUCAAAGGUGAUAGCAGAUACUUUGGAUGCUCAUAGUAACUGGUACUGCAGUGUUGACAUCCAUAGAGAGAGGAAGUUAGUUGUAGCAGGCGACAAUUUGGGCAAGGUUCAAAUGUUGUCUAACGAAGGACAAAAGGUGUUUGAAUUCAGACUUCACAAAAGUAAGGUGACCAAUAUAGAAAUAUCACCAAGGGAGGAAUGGCUCUUAUGUACUGCCUCUACUGACCAAACAGUCAUGUUCUGGGAUAUUCGUAUGAUGGCCAACAGGAAAAGUGUUCUGCACAUGCUCAAGCAUGAUCGACCUGUUAACUCUGCCCAUUUCAGUAGGACAGAUGGCUGCAGACUAUUGACCACAGACCAACACAACCAAGUACGAGUGUACCGUGCUCCAGCCUGGAUACUGGAGAGAACUAUCCUUCACCCACACCGAUUCUUCCAACAUAUCACCCCAAUUAAGGCAACAUGGCACCCUUUGCAAGAUCUGGCAGUGAUAGGACGAUAUCCGGACCCAAAUUUUCCUGGGUACCACUCUGGAGAGCUGAGGACCAUUGAUGUGGUCGAUGCUAACACUGGAAACACUGUGUCAAGUCUACACAACCCCAGUGCACCAGGAAUUGUCUGUGUAAAUAAAUUCAACAAUGAUGGAAAUUUAUUGGCCUCAGGAAUGGGUUUGCAUGUUCUACUGUGGAUGAAGAAGGAAGAUGUAUCUAAUGUACAGGAAGGUUUGAUGACAUCGCUCAAAGGUCUUGGUCACCAGGGGUCAAAUUCAACAAGGGACAACGGUUCAUCACGGCAGAGAAGAAACAAAACGGAUGAGAAAAAACUGAAAACUUUACAAGGAUCAAAAACUAACACAAAAGAUGUGAAACUGAAAUUGAAAAGCAAGAAAGAUAAAUUAUGA